AUAUUACGAAUAAAUUAAUUUGAAAUGGCCGCAAAGUUUCUAAGACAAAGUUCAGUGCCUGACAAACUUGAAGAAAAGCGGUCAGAAGUGUUAGAUUUCAUUGAACACCAGAAAGAUGUUGAUCGCAAAGUUGUUUUAGUCACAAGCGGUGGUACCACGGUCCCUCUAGAGAGUAAAACUGUAAGAUUCAUUGAUAACUUCAGCGUGGGAUCUAGAGGCGCCUCUUCUACUGAAUAUUUCCUUAAGGAAGGAUAUGCUGUUAUAUUUCUCCACAGAAACAGAUCAUUAAAGCCAUUUUUACGUCAUUUCUCAGGAUACAAUUUCCUCGACUUGUUGCAGCUAGACAAUGACAAGCCAGACUCUGAUGUUAAAGUAAAGCCAGAGUACCAGGAGAGACUGUCGUGUGUUUUACGUGACUAUCAACAAGUCCAGAAGGAACGCUCACUACUAAUGGUGGAAUUCCAGACCCUGUCUGAUUAUUUACACCUGCUUCAGGUGUGUUCCACCUGUCUACAGAGUCUAGGGAGAUCAGCCAUGUUGUACCUAGCAGCUGCUGUGGCAGACUUCUACAUCCCAAAAGAUCAAAUGCCAGAACAUAAAAUCCAGUCCUCAGAUGGUCCCUUACAGCUGUCCCUACAACUUGUGCCAAAGAUGUUGGAGCCCUUGGUGAAGGAGUGGGUACCAGAGGCCUAUGUGGUGUCAUUUAAGCUUGAAACGAACAAGGACAUUUUGGUCUCCAAAUCUCUUCAGGCCCUAGACAAAUAUCAGCACCAGUUGGUUGUGGCCAAUCUGUUGGAAACAAGGAAAAAGGAGGUCAAACUUGUUACCAGGGAUACCUGUCUGGACAUUACCAUGACAACCGAUGAACUCUCUCAAGGUCAAGAGAUUGAGGAAAAAAUUGUGAAGGAACUUAAAAGUCUUCAUUCAGCAUUCUGUUCUCUUGAUGGACAGACUUAAUGAGAAAAUUUAAUAGAACAUAUUUAUUUCAAUUGGUUGUAUAGUGUGGAUGUUAAGCUCAUUCAAAUGAUUUAGCUUUAUUGAGCUUUUUCAGAUCUGUAUGACACAAGUUCUAAACAAUUUCAAUAGAAGAGACUUAAUUGAAAGUCAAUUUUAUAGGCUCAUUUAAAUUCCUCCUAAUAUCAUGUCAGAAAUUUUAACAUUUUCCUUAGAAACUGCAUUUUUAUCAACCUUGCUAACAGAUUCAGCUGUAUAUCAGGUAUUUACAUCUAUGCAUGACAGACAUGUCUUGGAUUCCUGUAAAUACUGCAACAUUUUGUCUCUAUUAAGUUUAAGAUUUGGUCAGCCUAUAUAGAAAAUGAUUUACUCCUUUUGUUGUAAAAUAUGUGGGAUAUUUUGACGUUGAUGUGCAGCACCAGGAUCCAAGAUGAAUGUUGAUAAUUUGUUAAAAUGUGUACUGAAGUACCACUAAUGAUCUGUCCAUAAAGGUAGUACUUUUGUUUUAUAUUGUACUGAAAUUACAUUAAUUAAUGAGCAAACCUGUCUAUAAGCUAAGGCAGUACUCUUGUUUUAUAUUGUACUGAAAUGAAGACAACUGAACUUGAAGUAUAUUAAAUCAGUAUUUAUAGAUAA